UACCAGGAAUUCCACGUUAGGGUUUGGUGCUAUAUACGUUAUCAACCUACCCCCGCGAACAGACCGUCGAGAUGCUCUCGCGCUUAUGGCGUCCAUGUCGGACUUGAAGUUGGACUAUAUUGAGGGAAAAUCGGGCGACGAGGUCUCGGAUAGAGCGCUUCCCCCACCGGCAAGCCACAACACCCAAAGAACUGGCAAUAUUGGCAGCUGGAGGAGCCAUUUAAAUGCGAUUAGAGCAGUCGUCGAGAAUAAUCUGGACUCGGCACUCAUUCUCGAAGAUGAUGCAGAUUGGGAUGUUCGCAUCCACGAUCAAAUGUACGACUAUGCCGAGACGGUGCGAGUUUUGACAACACCACUUGCGGGCACGACGAACAGUUAUGCGGAUCCUUCAUACUACGAUCCAUCCAAGGGUGGUCAGCCAGAAGAACUCAUCUUUGGCCAGCUUCCCAAGACCGUGAAGCCACAAGUAUCGCCAUACGGCGACGACUGGGACGUGCUUUGGAUUGGGCAUUGUGGUACCGAAGCCCCAAAUAUCAACCUGGCAGACGAAGAAAAGGCCAAGAAAUCCCAUACCAUACCUCGUGGGCGUGUGAUCCAUUACAAUGAUGAGACUGUGCCUCAGAACCACCAUUUGCAUGUGAUGGAGCAGGAGCGUGAUCCACGCGAGAUUUUCCCCGAUCAUACCCGGACGACCCACCACGUCAUGGGUCAGAUUUGCUCUCUAGUAUAUGCUGUCUCGCAACGAGGCGCCCGCCGCAUCCUCUACGAAAUGGGCGUGAAGAAAUUCGACGGGCCUUACGACAUCAUGCUACGGGACAUUUGCGAAGGCGUCAACGAUCGGCCCAAGGGUGCUGUGUGUCUAUCUGUCGAACCUGGUAUCUUCAACCACCAUCGACCCGUUGGUCCAUCCGCCUACCACAGCGAUAUUUCCGAACAUCUGGCACCCCCGGUUGAAGUCGCAUUUACUGAAAAUAUACGGUACAGUGCGCGUCUAGCGCUGGAAAAUUAUGCUGUUGGCUCGACUGAAUUAGUGGACCAAUGGCCAGAUAAGAUUAUCACGUCGUCAUCUUCAUCAUAUGCAUCAUAGAAGCUUCUCUUAUCUCAUUGCAGCCUUAUAGCCCUAACGCCUUUUGAUGGAGGACACCCCUUUUUUGACAUACAUUGCAAAAUCUCAUGAUAAACACUUUUUUCUUCGAUACCGAG